UUCGGACAAACUUCGUUCAUUUCAGUCGCGAAAGAGUGCUGUGGUCGGACGGAUUUUUUUGCCAGCUCGCAGAAGAAAAGAAAAAUCUGUUCGUCCGGUUCGGUUUUUUUUUUUCUUGGGAAGCGUCAGCAGAAGCGAAAUUUGGCCCUAGCUUGUGAAAUCAGUUUCGGAGCCGGUGAAGGUAAAGUAGGUAUCAAAGAUGGACGAAUGUUGGGACGACGACAAUUACAAUAGCGUUUGUGGUAAUGGCGGUGGAGGAGGAGGAGGUGGUGGAAUUACUGCUGCACGGCACACGAGCGUCAAACGCGGUGGAUCCGGCUACGAUUCCGGAAUGUCGUCCGGUGCGCGAUCCGUUGGCACCCGGGAGCGGACUUCGUUUGAGGUAUUUACCACAAAAGUUCCGAUCAUCAUCGGGAAGGGUGGCGUGACCAUCAAGCGGAUCCGAACCGAAUCCCGGGCGCAGGUUGAGAUAGAUGACAACACACCCGGUAAUGGCCGCUCGACGAUUCACAUCGAGGGCUUCACGCAGGACGUGUCCCGUGCCCGGGACGCUAUUUUCGGUGUAAUCAACGAUAACGCACGUGGCGGCGGCGGCGGUGGAGGCAGAGGGGGUUCCGGCAGAUCCAGCAACUCCGGCUGGGGUGGAGAUGGUUCGCGUGGUGGCUUUGGCCGGGAUCGUGAUCGAGAUCAUGACAGUCGCAGUUUCUACAACUCCGGAUCCGGCGGCGGUGGCGGUGGGGGUCGGGAUCGCGGAAGUAACGAUUUCUACAACUCCGGGUCCAGUUACGGUGGAGGAGGUGGCGGUCGGGAUCAAAACCGCGGCGGUAACGACUUUUACAACUCCGGCUCAGGUUUUGGUGGAGGUAGAGGGGGACGGAGUGCUGCCCCGGAGUCCAAUAACUUCGGCCAGCAGGAAAAUGGUCGCCCCAAGAGUCCUGAACUAAUCGAUUGGGAUGCACUUAACAAACAGUGCGACGAGGCCACGGCUCGGCAAUGGGCCAAGUGUCCAAAGCUGAUCAAGAAUUUCUACAACGAGCUGCCCGAAGUGGCCAACAUGACGCCGGAGGAAGUGAGUGAGUUUAGAUGCGCAAAUAACAACAUCGUCGUAGAUCGAACCUUCAAAGACGCGGACAAACCCUCAGCACCGAUCCCGAAUCCAGUACAAACGUUCGAGCAGGCCUUCCACGAGUACCCGGAGCUGCUGGAGGAAAUCAAAAAGCAAGGCUUUGCCAAACCAUCGCCGAUUCAGGCGCAGGCUUGGCCAGUGCUACUCAAAGGUGAAGAUCUGAUCGGAAUUGCCCAAACCGGAACGGGAAAGACCCUUGCCUUCCUGCUGCCGGCGUUCAUCCACAUCGAAGGACAACCGGUGCCCCGAGGGGAAGCCCGUGGGGGGCCAAACGUUCUGGUGAUGGCGCCCACCCGAGAACUGGCGUUACAAAUCGAGAAGGAGGUGUUCAAGUAUCAAUUCCGUGACAUCAAAGCAAUUUGCUUGUACGGAGGAGGUGAUCGACGAACGCAGAUCAAUAAGGUAAAAGGCGGUGUGGAAAUCAUCAUCGCCACGCCCGGUCGGUUGAAUGAUCUGGUGGCCGCCAACGUCAUUGAUAUUACCAGUAUUACCUAUCUGGUAUUGGACGAGGCGGACCGUAUGCUGGACAUGGGUUUCGAACCGCAAAUUCGAAAACUUCUACUGGACAUUCGUCCCGACCGGCAGACCAUCAUGACGAGCGCGACAUGGCCACCGGGCGUACGCCGUUUGGCGCAGAGCUACAUGAGCAAUCCGGUCCAGGUGUACGUCGGAACGCUGGAUCUGGCCGCCACGCACACCGUCACCCAACAGAUCGAGGUGAUCGACGAAGAGGACAAAUACAUGCGGGUGAUGAACUUCGUGACCAACAUGGGACCCAGCGACAAAGUGAUCAUCUUCUGCGGCAGGAAAACGCGAGCUGACGAUCUAUCCAGUGAGUUUGUUCUGUCCGGCAUCAAUUGCACCAGCCUUCACGGCGAUCGAGAACAGGCCGAUCGUGAGCAGGCUCUGGAGGACAUCAAAUCGGGCGACGUGCGGGUGCUCAUCGCUACCGAUGUGGCCUCCCGAGGGCUGGACAUCGAGGACAUAUCGCACGUCGUGAACUACGACUUCCCCCGGAACAUUGAAGAGUACGUGCAUCGAGUGGGCCGUACUGGUCGUGCCGGUCGAAGUGGAGUUUCGCUGAGUUUCUUCACGCGUGGCGACUGGGCGGUGGCUUCCGAUCUGAUCAAAAUUCUGGAAGAGGCCGAUCAGGAAGUGCCGGAGGAGAUUCGCCAGAUGGCCGAACGAUUUACGGCGAAAAAAGAGCGAGAGGGCCGGGAAAAAAGUGCCUUUGGUCGGCGUGAUGGCGGAGGACGUGGAGGCGGUGGAGGCGGCCGUAGAGGUGGUGGCCGAUGGUAAUUGUUUCUAAUCCAGAAACCAGCUAGAUUGUCGCGAUCUGUGACAAUAUCCUUGUAUAUUUUUCGACGUUUGAGCCGAAUUAUGGUUAGUAGCUAAAGAUUAUUUCUAUCGAUCAGGAUCUUGACUUAACUUUAGGCGCGCUUCUUCCGUUACUUUAAAAUGAUCGAUCGAUCGAUCGAUUGAUUGGACUCUUCUCGGAAUAUUUAACGAUCAUAAUUUCGAAUAUACAUAAAUACCUACGUGUCCAAUUGAUAUUUGGAGUGCGCGAGUCGCCACAAGACUGGGACCCUUGAACUGGGAAAUCAUUUGGUUGAGCCAAACUUCGAAAUUUGUAAACCCAUAAACCGUGAAUUAACUUUCCGUUCAAAUAUUCUCGCUCUGAACUUUUCAUACCAUUAACUAUUGUUUUAUAAUAUUACAAAUACAGAUUUAUAUAACGUUAA